CACUACCCGAUUUACUUGACCCAGUCGCUUCCAGUUUCUAUGAAAACUCGAACCAGAAUACCCUAAUUCCUCGUUGUAGGUUUCCUCUCGAAGAGCGGCUCCUCACCUUUUCCGAACCAGACACACACACAAAUCGUCUCAACAAUCCCACCAUGACAAAGAGAACAAAGAAGGCUGGAAUUGUUGGAAAAUACGGUACCCGUUAUGGUGCCAGUUUGAGGAAGCAAAUUAAGAAGAUGGAAGUGAGUCAACACAGCAAGUACUUCUGCGAGUUCUGUGGAAAGUAUGCAGUGAAGAGAAAGGCUGUCGGAAUAUGGGGCUGCAAGGAUUGCGGCAAAGUUAAAGCCGGUGGUGCAUAUACUAUGAACACCGCCAGUGCUGUUACUGUGAGGAGUACUAUUAGGAGGUUGAGGGAGCAAACUGAGAGCUGAGCUUACAGUGACGGCAUAUUCAACUUCGGUAUGAUGUUUUUGCAUGUUUUGGCCACAAACAAAUUAAGAAACAUUUUGUUGAAAGUAAUGUGUUAUGUGUGCUUAAUUCUCAAUUUUAUAUCUCGACUCAUAACUCUGGUGUUGGAACUUUAUUAAAAUAUUUGAAUACUUUAUUUC